AUGCAUCCUCAGAAUCGGGAACGGGAUUUGACCUUUGAGGAAGUGAAGGGCCACUUUAGCGUGUGGGCGAUCGUCAGAGUAAGUUGCCCCUGUUCUUGGAAAACAGACCUGGUCAACCUGACCACGGAAACGGACGCCCUCUUCAGCGACAAGGAGGUGAUCGACGUCAACCAGAACAAGCAGGGCGCGCACGCGACCGUGCGCGUUCACAUCUCGUCUGAGCUUCAGACAGGCAGGUGUGGGCCGGUUUGCACGCUCAGGCAAUCAUCUCAUCGUUCUUCUUUCGAAUCGGUCAGCAUAACCGCCGCCUGGGCGGAUAUGGACGUUCCCCCCGGGGCUCGGGUCAUCGCUCGGUAUUGUUGGCAGCGCGUGUUCUAUCCCAACUACGACACUGGCAUCAUCGCGCUCGGCCCCAUCGCCCCGUUUGACGUCAUCCUGGUCCGGCUGGAACCAGGCACGAUCCUCGAGGCACCGCAGCCGUACAUUCUGCUCAUGCUACCCCCUCCCCCCGCAAACAGUCGCCCGCAAAUGAUUCCCCGGCCCCAGGCCCACACCCGCGAAACCCCAUGCCCGCACUCGCACCCGCGCUAACCCCAAACCCGCAAACCCUGGGUGUGCUAGCAGCCCCUGCCGCAGCGCCGUGCUGUCUAACUAGAGAUGCGGGGAAAUGCUCAACAACGGCGACUCAAGUGGUGCCUGCCACGCCGGCAGUCCCUGUUGCACCGCCUCCAUCCAGAGCGACGCGUUUGGUGUGUAACUUGACAUACUGGCUGUAUAUUGUCACGGCCUACUCUGGUACUUUAGCUACCGCCCUCUGAGGCUUAGAAGAAUUAAGUAUGUUCGUUGCCUGCUCGCAACCUGGAUCAACUCUCGCUUUCAAGGUAUAGUGGCUCGUCGAAGAGGACUGACAGAAACAAUAAUGUCUUUGCAUCUACCAAUUGUCAAUUGAGGUUGAGUAGGGCGGGGCGGGAAUUGGCAGCCAGAGGUAUAAUUUGCGAUUUGCAGAGUGUGUGUGCUCAGCUACACUUGAAACGGACUUUCAGGGCUCGAAGUGUUCAAGGGCGUCAGCGGACUCCACAUAGACAGCCCCAUGGACUGUAGUAGUAGGCUGGCAGACUCCCACUCAGAAAGCCCUAUGGACUAUAGUAGUAGCAGCCUAUUUAGCAUGAUGUCCUAAGAUCAGUCGUCUAUAAAGCCACAUGUGACCUACAACAUCGGUCGUGGUAGAAUCCAUUGUUGGUCUAACGUGACUAGGCUAAACACUUGAAAUCAGGCUCCGAACCUUUUGGAGCAACAUCGUUCUGGGUAGUUUCCCGAAGGCAGGCCUGAAAGACGGACCUCAAGGAAGGUAAAAGUCACUAAUUAGAAAUCUGUGAUUCGAAAGAGAUGGAUCAAAUCUCAUGGCAUGCC